AUGGACCCCAACACGGUGGUCAACGAAAACAACGAGGUGGUGGUGACCCCACGGCUGGGCCAACGGAUCCUGGAGUCCCAGUGGACCAUCUGGUUUUUCUAUCGGGCUCAGGGCGUGCGAAUCUCCAACUACGAGGCGGCCACCAAGCGAGUAUGCACUUUUGCCACCGUGGAGGAGUUUUGGUCGUUCUACGGACAUCUGAAACAUGUCGACAAGCUGCCAUACACCUCCGAGUUCCAGGUCUUUCGACGGGGAAUCAAGCCCAUGUGGGAAGACAGCCACAACGUGUGCGGAGGCAAAUGGGUGUGCAGAUUGAGACGACCUUCGAAGCAGUUUGCCAAACUGGACAACGAUGACGAUAUUGUUGUGCCCACUAGAGCCCCUCCCAUGCAGAUUGCCUCUCUCAGGCACCAGGCAGCAGUAUACUGGGAAAAGCUAUUGUUGGCCCUGGUUGGCGGUACUCUGUUGCCCGAGGGCCAGUACCAGGACGAGAUUGUAGGAGCUGUCAUCUCGGUACGAAAGGAGGAGGAUAUCAUUUCCGUGUGGAACCGGACUAGCAACGAUCCCCAGGUGACUGAGGCUAUUCGAGCAGGAAUGCAGGCGGUUCUGGGAGUUCCUGAAAGUGUGACCUUUGAGUACAAGGUGCACUCGGACAGUCUCAAGGAGGGAGUGGAGAAACAGGCUCUGUACGAGACCGAGGAGAAGUAG